GGGAGAGAGUAAAGGUGCAAACACAGUGGCAUUCAGUUUGGAGAUCCGUCCCGCACGUCAAAACAGCUGCGCGGUGACAAAAACGGAUACACCCGGCUUGUUUCCGCCUCGACAUCUGGCUUAGCGGGCUAUCAUGAUGCAAUAGACGUAACGGUGCAGACAAUGGAGGUUUUGUAGCUUAUAUUAAUGCUCCUGGCUUAAAAGAAGGCGUAUUGGGCUCAUCCAAUAUUUCAACAAAGGGAUAACUUUGGCGAAUACCAUCGCCUUGUGGAAGAAAUUCUGGGCAACGAAGUAAAUGUGUAUAGGACAUCCGACUUAUCGUACAUAUGCUUUCUUUUUUCCACAGCAGCCAUUAGUGAUUCAUUGGUGAAUGUUGAUUCCAUGUUUGGUUUGUGCGACACUAUACACGUGUUCAAAAGAGCGUGGCACACAAUGAAAAAGCCGGAGCCUAGCCGGUAGAAAUUAUAGUGCUGCACUAAAAUGCUUUCUGCGAAAGAAUUGUGCCGUGUGGAGAAAGAACCGGUAACGACACCACUGUGGAGGCGAUGCAGAGAGAAAGGAACAUUCCAGCUCAAACGUUUGUCAUACGGCGGGCGAGGUCAGGGGUUUUAAAGCUGGAAGCGUACCCGGAUCAGAUUCCACUGUGUUUGCACCUUAAGUACGUACGUAAGUUAAAAUCUCACGGUCGACUGGUCUGUGCGAAAGAGAGCCAGGCACAAUUUCAGCAUAGCGUGGGUGGGGUGGGUGAGGUGGGGCCGAGCUGGUGUUUCAAGGCGCCGAUCAGUUUACUUCCCGGUUGCCGCAUUUUACCGUGACGUAGCCAGUUGCUGUGUGUGAAAACCUGGAUAUAGAGUGGUGUGUCCUGUCUUCACGUGUAGAAAAUGCAGUGUUCCGAGAGCAGUGUGCGGUGAAUGCAGAGUGUAGCGUACAUGUGUGGAAAAUCUGCUUACAACAUUGGCGUUGGUCUGCUGCUGAUCGGACAUACUAUGUGACCGCUAACUUCUCAAACAGUUCAUGUGCACUGAGUUCAGUCGGGAGAGGAGAUCCAGCCACUGGACUGCGACAAGCCAAAACUCACUUCACAAAACUUAAGCUUUGUCUUAGCUGAUGUUUUACGACAGACGUUAAGACGUUCCAACCGAUUGGAUUGCGCUUAUUGAACACGCUUAGUGGAAAAACAAAACAAAACAAAAAUGUCUUCCACUUUGAGGACGUUUCCCCUCAUCUUGGUCGCGUUCACAUGUUCCCAGUCCCUGGCAUUUGAACACGCUCCUCGAACUGGCGAAUCCCCGUGUGACGUCACAGACGACGAUGUGCGAGGUGGCGAAUACGUCAAUUGUGCGGCUCGAGGUUUGACCUCACUUGAACCAAACUGGUUUCCCGAAACGGCGACCGCUCUAAGCCUUGACCACAACAUGUUGCCAAACCUGGUCAGUGGAUGCUUCAGACAUCUGUCCGAACUUCAGGUGUUGACCAUAAGUGACUCCCAAGUCACCACAAUUCACGAGGAUGCAUUGAGGGGCCUUGGAAUGCUGAAGGAAUUAAACCUGGAGAAUAACAAUAUCUAUACAAGACGUCUCUCCAGGACCAUAUUUUCUUACGUUCCUAAUUUGGAGAACUUGUACCUGAAGGGGAACGCAUGGGAAAAUGAAGGCACUCGGGAAUCUCCUUCCAGUUCUGCUGUCCCAUUCUCUGACCUAUCGCAUCUGACAAGGUUGUCAAUUGACGGAGACCUAGAAAUAUACUUCGGCCAACCGUUUUCCAAACUGAAGAAUUUGACGUACCUGUAUGUACAUUGUCCGCAUGACUUUGUCAAAGGGUCGAACCGCAGUUUUGAAGGUCUCAGAGAUGUGACUCUGAGAGAAUUAGUGUUAGAGACCCCACACAACGCAGGGCAUUUUGAAACUGGAAUUUUUGCCAAUGUUCAAAAUCUACACAUUCUUCGAAUCCAUGAUGUCGCUACCGGAAACCAAAAUAUCAUGAAAUGUCUAUGGCCUUUUGAAAAUAAAAGAAUGGUUUUAAUUGCCCUCUAUAAAGUGCACUUGCUCCACCAUCAUGGCUCUCCAAAGGCCGUCUUUCAUGACGGAUUGUUGACAAAAGAAUCGCUUAAACACCUCUCCAACAUAUGUCUUUCCCAGCUGAUUUGGGAUCAAUCCAAAGUGGUUGGUAUAGAGCCCAUGGCACUAAGCGCAAAAGCAAAUCUGAGAAGGUGUCUGAAGAGUUUGCAAUUUACCAGGAAUUUGGUAGGAGAAAUGGAUCAGUGGCGAAGUGUAAUUUUGGAAACGGUAAGAUUCGAAUCGAUAGAGGAGCUGCUGUGGAGUUCUUACGAAUUUUGUGACCCGGGGUACGAUUUCAAGUUCAGGAAUGUUCAGAAUGUCAGAACAUCUGUAAACAAAACAAGUAACAUCUUUGAUCUCAAAUCUAAACCUCUGGCCCAAACACAUGCGUUUCGAUUUUACAAUAAUCGAAAUAAUGGAAAUGAAAGAGAAAUACUUACUAUAUCCAGUGAGAACAGAUCAUUGUAUGAAACGCCAAGUAUAAGAAUUCCUAGAGAAAGUAAGGGGGUGACACUCGAAGGAGGUCUUUCUUUUCAAUGCCCUAAACAUUUUCGGGCUUUGGUUAUUGUUGGUAUGCACGGGUAUUUAGGCAUUCCAGCUUGCCACGCGAGAGACGCUCACAAUGUAAAAGAAAUUCGCAUUGUCAGCAGUCACUUGGUUGAAUGGUGUGGCCCAGUGACAGGGUUGGAAAAUGUCACCUUGCUGGACUUCACACGAUCUCACGUGACGAGCCGUCCAAACUUUGUACCUCUUCAAAGUUUCCCGAAUUUGGAGACUCUUCUACUAAAUGCCAUGAGGGAGAGAGAUUUUAUUGAUCAACUUUUGAAAGAGAGUUGGCUGCAGAAAACGCCAAAACUCCAACACAUCGACCUACGUGACAACCACCUCCAUAAAUUACCAAGAUCUGUUUUUUCUUCCAGCUUGAGAAUGAAUUCAAUACUUUUGUCGAGUAAUCGGUUGACAUCGUUAGGGUUUGACCUUUCAACUACACCAAGCCUGAGUGUCUUGGACCUGCGCAAAAACGCAAUCUCUUCCUUAGACAUCGCCUCUAGGACGGCGUUAGACACACACGCUCAAAGCAAACCCGACUUUUCUCUCCUGCUGGAUGGCAAUCCGAUAUAUUGUAUGUGUUCACGGGUUCCAUUUCUGGUCUGGCUCCACACGACGUGGGUGAGGCUGGACAUGUCCGGGAACUACUCGUGCAUCGACGACAGAGGGCAGGACCGGUGGACCGCUGACCUGGUCACGACCAAGGCGUUGUGGCGUCGCUGUGUCGGGAAAACGGCUCUCCUCGUCUCUCUCAGCCUGGCCUUAAGCCUUAUCGUGGGUUUUCUGGUCGUCUACAUGUGGCGGCGGUUCAGGACUGCGGUGCGGGCGUUCUUUCUCAACAUCCUGGCUCCUGGUUUCAGGAAGACAAAAAUGGAGGAUUACGGUAUUCAUGUGUUUGUUGGAUAUGCUGAUGAUGACUUCCGCUUCGUUCGCUUCGUCCUUCGCAGGUACCUGGAGGAAGAUCUGAACCUGACCACUUACAUCCACCAGCGUGACCUGGGCGCGGGCUACCUUGACCAACAGCUGCUGGACGCUAUCCAGGACAGCUGGAGACUGGUGUUGGUCUUGUCCGCCAACUUUCUCCGGAGAUACGAGAAGGCGCACCUCGUCAUGAAGAUGUGCACGUCUGCCGUGACCCCGAUGAACCCUGACCGCGUGCUGGUGUUGGUGGAGCAAGGUCAAGGCCGCCAUGUCCCCGACUACGUGCUGGCGGUGUUGGACGAGGAGAAGCUGGUCAGACUGCACAGCCUUAACGAGGAGCUAGGAUACGAGCAGAAACAACGCAUCAAACAUCUCAUUUUGUCGUAAACCGUACAGCGCAUCAAACUUCUCAUCUUGCCGUGAACGACAUAGCACAUUGAAAUAUCAUCUUGCCGUGAACGACAUAGCGCAUUAAAAGAUCAUGUUGUCAUAAAUGAUGGAGGGCAUUGAAUUUUAUCUCAGAUACAG